UUUAAUAUAGAUUCGCGACGAGUAGACUGCAAUCAGUAGACUUUUGGAGCUUACUGCAAAUAGACGGUUUUUUCGUGAAAGCACUUCAUUACGGAUCCUGGUGAAGUUGAGCUGUGGAACUAUGUUCAAAUUGGCAAUAGUUUGUAUCGCACUGGCGACUAUUAGUCACGGUGAUGCCCAAUGUCCCGACAAUCCGUGCGGUGUAGGAGCAUCGUGCCGAUUAAACUCGGGAGGAAUUCCGGUCUGUUCGUGUCCCUUCGGUUAUUUGGGUGACCCGUUCAAAGAAUGCAUACGGCCUGAAUGCGUGAGCGAUGGUGAUUGCACGGAGUUCCAGGGAUGUCGCAAGGGCAAUUGUGUAGAUCCGUGUAUUUUUAGCUGCGGUACCAAUGCGGCAUGUUUGCCCAAACAUCACGUUCCGGUUUGUUACUGCCCAGAAGGGUACACUGGCAGUCCGUUCGAGCGGUGCGAUCCGCUGUAAUAAUUGUUUUACGCGUGUGACUGAUUUGCGUAGUGUAUUAGCCGUUGCACAAUAAAACAAUGCAAAAAAAAGUUGUGGAUUUGUUUUCUGUUGUUUAGUUUUGGAUUUUUUUUAUACAAUGUUUCGAUAAGCUUUGAUUUGUUUCAAUCGCGGUUGCGAUCGCGGCUCGGCUGUUCAUUAAAUAUAUGUAUGAUCAAGAUAAAUCAU